UGCUUCAAGGUGCAUUAUUUAGUUAUAAAGGCACAUUCAUAGUAUUUGAUUGCAAACAUGUUGUUCAUGAAAAACAUGUAAUGGAGUUUCUUGCCAUCAAUGCAACCUAUCCAUUACACCCACAGAAGUGCUCCACCAAAGGACAAGAGGACACAAUAUGCAUUGGGGAUUGUAACACUGUUCCCUUCCCUAAGAGAUCCCGACUCCAAACAGGGCUAUGCAAGGAAAAAAGUUCAGGCUCAGGAAUUUUUUCUACUAUCAGCCCUGCAGAAGGCCUGGUUCUGCAAGACUUUGAUCUGUUGUUUGGAGCAGAGACUACGUCAAAGCUCUUGGAGAAAUGGGGAACAACCCUGAAGGCAAAAGUAAUAGAGCAAGCUAAAACCCUCAGUAAGACACCCAUGCUCGACUAUCUGAUUCAGUCUGCAGAGGAGAACCCCGACGAGGAUGAUGAGGUCCCAGGUUGGGAUGGUGACAUGGCGGCAAUUCUACUGCUGGUCUACCUUUUGCCCCCAAGUGGAAAGAAGGGAACCGCGAAGAUCAGUAUCUGGGAAGCUUUGGAUCGUGUAGUGAAGUUUCAUAACUCGGGUCGCAGCCUACAUGAGCACUCUGGUCCAGACAAGCGGAGGCAGCCCUACAUCCUGGCAGUUGGCAUGGCGAGAAACCGCAUCCAUGAAUACUACAUUGCAAUGGAUGGUGAGCUCCUUCCCUGCAAGGCCAAGUCUUCCCUGUCAGCCUUUGAUGAACUUUUCAAGGUACAUUAUGCAUUUGGCAUCUCGUAUGACCAGGCUUUAAACAGCAUGUACACAUUCGUGCAGACCACCAUCUACAAUAUUGAUGUCAGGCUCUCUCCUGAAACUCCUAGAGUCAAGGACCUGAGGGCAAAGCUCCUAAACUGAUGUUGUGAUGUAUCGAUGCUUUGUUUGCAAGUCCACUUUUGUCACCAUUCAGCAGUUGCUACGUCAUCUCAAACGUACACACGCCUUUUAUCCUGGGAGGAAGUUUCUACUGGUGUGUGACCAGAAUGGUUGCCGUCACAGAUUUUGCACUUUUUCAGGCUUUAGGAAACAUCUCCACUCUAAGCAUAGUGUUGAAAGUCUUGAUCAAAUUGAUAAUGAACCAGUCACUCCGACUCCGUCAGUUGUUUUAUCUGAUGAGCAAACAAUGUCAGUUGAGUCAGCAAUUUCAGAGCAACCAGUGAAUUCUCAGAGCUUCAAUGAGACCAGGCAACAUACCCAAGAAAUGUGUGCAUCCCUUAUUGCAAAACUUCAAAGCUGUGGUGUGGCUACUAAUGUCAUAAAAAAUGUUGUUGAAAAUAUGGAAGAGCUUGUAGAGGAACUGCAUUCAAAUGUCAAAGAUGAUAUUGUAAAAUUACUCCCCAAUGAUGAGGACAUUAGAACAAAAUUUGAUGAUUAUUUUUUGAGUCUUGAAAAUCCCUUCAGCAAUCUGAACAGAGACAAAAUGGAAAAAACAUUUCAGCGAGAAAUGGGGUCUUGUAGAACCUGUGGAGGUCGCUUUAAGCGUGAGGUAUGACACAAGAAGGAAUCGAACAACUGACACAUAUGAUCAGGUCCCCGUGACAGACAAAUUUGUGUACAUUCCUUUGCUGGAAACGCUGAAGUUUAUAUUCAAAAAUAGGGAGAUUUAUAAUCAUAUUUUGCAGCCUUGUGAGAAGACUGGGUUUUACAAAGAUUUCUGUGAUGGAAGUUAUUUUAAAAAUCACCCCCUCUUCUCUGAAAAACCAAACUCUCUUCAAAUACAGAUAUUCUAUGGUGAUUUUGAAGUGGCAAAUCCACUUGGAUCAAAGCAUGGGAUCCAUAAAAUUGGCAGUAUAUACUUUAUUCUACAAAAUCUUUCUCCAAAGGUAAACUCAGCGCUUAUGAAUAUUCAUCUUUUGGCACUUUUCCAUACAGAGGAUGUAAAAAAGUAUGGAUUUAAUGCUAUCUUGGAGCCCCUCAUAAAAGAUCUGAAAGUCCUUAAGUGUACAGGAGUGGAAAUUCCUUUCUCUAAUGGACCUGUUUGUGGAACAAUUGCACAGGUGACGGUGGACAAUUUGGGCUUGCACUCACUUCUUGGCUAUGUAGAAUCAUUCAGCUCAAACUAUUUUUGUCACUUCUGUCUGGUAGAUAAACAAACCUCACAGUCAGUGUUCAGUGAUGACGAUCCAAGUAUAACACUCCGCAAUAAAACACUGCAUGCUCAGCAUUGCAAUGACUUGAAGGCAGAUCCUACACUACAAUCAACAUUUGGAGUGAAACAAACAUGUUUGCUCAAUGAUCUACAGUACUUUCAUGUUUCUGAUAACUAUGCAGUGGACAUUAUGCAUGGAAGGAGUGGGGCAAUUAGAGCUGAAAUUGCUUUUUUUUUACCUCUCAGACAACAACAUCAUAUCCAAGACAGAUAUUUGUAACCGGAUAUAUUCAUACAACUAUGGCUUUGUUGAGCGAAAAAAUAGACCAACCAGAUUCAGCCUAGAGCAGACUGGAAAUGGAAUUGGUCUCAAUGCAAUUCAGACAUUUUGCUUGAUCAGGAAUGUGCCCUUGAUAUUUGGAGAUGUUGUACAGGAAGGAAAUGCUCAUUGGAGACUUUUGCUGCUUCUGCUGCAAAUUAUGAACAUCAUAUUUUCUCCUGUCAUCACAUGACAGUAUGUCUGAAGCAUCUCAUUGUUGAGCAUCACAAACUUUUCAAAGAGAUUUAUCCACAUCGCAAAAUGAUUCCCAAGCAUCACUUCAUGACCCAUUAUCCCAGAUGCAUCCGAAAAAUAGGCCCAAUUCUUCAUGUUUGGGCUAUGAGGUUUGAAGCAAAACACAGGUUUUUCAAGAGCACUAUCAGACAUUUUAAGAAUAUAACAAAGUCGUUAGCCGAAAAACAUCAGAUGGCUGUGGCAUACCACUGGGAAUCUAUGCCAUUCAAAAGCAUCAACUGUGGUCCAGUGAAAACUGUUCAGGCCAGUGCCUUGGAAAAUGGUGAAAUAAUUGCUGAAGAACUGCAGGUUGACGACACAGUGAAGUUAAUGUGACUUCUUGGAUUACUUGUUUUGGGACAGAGUAUCGCCCAGGCCUUCUGGUUUGUUCAAACACAGAGGAUGAUUUGCCAGUAUUCAGUCAGAUAAAAGACAUUGUUGAAUUUAAUGGUGACUAUUUCCUCCUGGCAAAGGAUUUUGAGACACUUUGUUUUGCAGAACGUUUUCAUUCUUUUAAUAUCAGACAGGGUAAUUCUGAAAAUAUUUCUCUGCUGAAAGUUGAUGAGUUGAACUCGUUUAAGCCAUUUGAUCUCCAGACAACAUAUGGUUUUGACAGAGAUGACCAGUAUGUGGUGCCUGUGCAUGUAUUGGUGUAGGAAAGGUUUUAACUUUUAUGUGUGAUCUUUUACACAUCUGGGUUUUUUUUUUAAAUCUCAGUGAUGAUAUAAAAAAAUAAUUUGUCAAGCUUAUUUUGCACCAUGGCUUCGUAACUUUGGCAGUGUUUGAUGUUCGGUGUAUGAACUAAUUUAUGGUUCAGUUUCAGAUUACACCUGUUGACAGUACUGCAGCACCAGCUGAAUGUCAUGUUGUACAUUAACAGGCUGAGUAUAUUGUUCUUUAAAGAACAGGUUCAGAUUUUUGAAGGCUGUAUCUCCCAACGUUACAGUAUCUGUGUUUCAGCAGACAAUGUUUCCUUGCUGAGCUGUAGUGGAGCACUAGUAAUUCAAAGAGGGAUUUUGUCAGGGAGUUUGCAGUGACAAAAAAUAGUCAACAGUUUUUUGUUUACUACCAAGGGAUGAUCUGACUGGUGUUUGUUUAUUCUAUGAUGUAAUGCAUAGACUACUAAAAUAAAACUGAUGUCAUUGUAAUAAGAGCCGACUGUACACUUCCACAAUGUUAAGACAUUUGUUAAUAUGUUUAUUAUAUUAUAAUAAAGAUAAUGUUACGUUUUCAAGA